GUUGUAGUGCGCACGUACAUCUGAGCAGAAAAUCGGCAGUGCGGCCAUGUUUUGGUGAUUGGUCUAGCUCGCAGUACAGGACCGGGACAUAAAGGAGCUUCUUUGUGUACAAAUUUCUCCGUUUUAAGACGUCUUACCAAUGCCCCGGUAGAGACUUAAGAUGGGGAAUUGCCUUAAGACGCCUACAGCGGAUGACAUCUCGCUUCUACACGAGGGAAGAGCGGGGAGCGAGACGGGGGACAGCUCCGAAAACCUCGGACCGCCGCCACCAUACCAGGAAGAAGCACCCAUCUACCACCCGACCCCGAACACAGCCCGACCUGUGACCCAGCUGACAGAAGAUGAGCAGAUCAGGAUAGCUCAGAGGCUGGGACUGAUCCAACACCUGCCCUCCGGGGUGUACGACGGGUCCAAGAAGGGCAGAGAAUGUGUGAUCUGUAUGAACGACUUUGUGAUCGGCGACCCGAUCAGGCUGCUUCCCUGCUGCCACAUCUACCAUAAGGACUGUAUAGACGACUGGCUGAUGCGCUCCUUCACCUGUCCCUCCUGCAUGGAGCCCGUCGACGCGGCCUUGCUAACCACAUAUCAAACUAAUUAACAACACAUUCAUUAAUUGAUUAAUGUUAACCGUUUUGGUCAGGCAUUAUAGACAGGUUGUUUCCGUGGUUCUUGGACUCUGAAAGUCAGUGAUGAAGAAAAGGAAAUAUGGUGACAACAGAGUGUGAGAGAAACUUUGUAUCUUUUGGCAAAAUCAGAUUCAAAGCUGGUGUGUUACUUAGACCUGGUUGUAAAGAUAAGAGCAGCUGCACCGGCUGUACAGACACAGACACGGACACAGAUUCAGGAAAAGAGAAUACCGUAUAUUGUCUUGAUUGAACUAUUUUGGCGGGACAGAAGAAAAGCACACACCCUUCUUGUGUGUUGCAAGGCACUUGACAUGACCAGACAGACAUUUCUUAAAUUUGAUUGAUACUGGCCGAAAGUCAAAUGGAUCCAAGUUUUCCUCACUGGGCUCUGUUUUCACCUUGUUUUCAUGCCUUGAUACAUCACCGAGACAAAUCAAUCUCUACAACUGGAUAAAAUGAGUUCAGAACUUCUGCUCUUCCAGUUCAUUUUAGUGAUGCUGAAGAAGAGUGAUGGACGUCACUCAAAACGUCCAGAAGUAAUCUGCACAUCUUAUCCAGUUACAGAGAUGGAAUUCUUGUUUUUACAUUGAAAUGUCCAAGAAUCAUGGAAAUGAGACAGUGUGGCCUGAUGAAAAAAAAAUCCACCACUGGAAGAAUGCAGUGCAAUAGGGCUGAGAGAGGCAAUGGAUAACGAUGUAUAGCUUGUAAAUAUUCAUCAAUGUCAAGGUCAUAUGUGACAGGGUUCAAGGGCGGGCAGCCAUCUUGUAUCCCAUCAUGCACUGUUUCCCACAAUGCACCUGGUUGUUUCGAACCAUUGUAUCCACACUGUCAGAGUGAUUUAGAUGGUUGUGAUUUGGAAGGAGACUUUUCUCAGAGAAGGAGUUGUUGGAUACUGAAGGGAAAUAAGUGAUGAUCAUGUGGGAUGUGUUUUCCCAUAACCCAGUAAAUGUAUCAUAUGUAAAACUUGCUGCUUUGUGAGAGAGAAAAAUGUAUUUAUAGCGUUUGAAAAUUGGUGGCUGACAAAAAAAUCAGACUUUCUUAUGUUUUCCAGUAAACAGUGUGUAGGUGUAGCAUAAAGGAUGUGUAUAAGGCAAGGAUGCCCAGAAGUUGCACAUCCAGUUAACAUCUAUAUUAUGUUGUGUGUUUGUUUCGAGAAGCCAUAAUAUGAAAAUCAAGGGCUUUUGUUUAUUUUCGUUUUUUUUUUUUUUUACUUAAAAAAUCUUGACUUUGAGUUUGCUAACUACUUGGUACAUGUAACAUGUAUUACUGAAAUGUCAUGUUGGGCACUUCUUGACAGGUUUGGCUGAUACGAUCAUUGAUUUAUUCAUUUUAUAAAGAAAUGAAAGAAACAAAAGAUGCAUGCAAUUUCGUUUCAGUGAGAAAAACGUAGCUGGACUACUUUUUUAUGUGCUUAACAGAACGACAUUGCUAGCAUAGAGCCAUCACAUGGUUAACUAAGGACUUAUUAGUGCUAAAAGAAUGUUGUGAUACUUGGAAGUACAAGUGUGUAAAAUUUACAUAAGUUACAUCAAGUCAUUGGAAUUUGAAACAACAGGAAAAUAUUAGAUCGAAUCAAUGGAAAAUACUGAAAGCAAUUAUUGAUAUGAGCUGAAAUAUUAAUACAGAAUUCGGAACUAAGGUCACAGUCAAGAAUACAUAAUUACAUAUAUGUAUAUGUAGGCUAGGAUUGGUUUGAUGAUAUAAUGGAAAAGAUGUGACUAUUGCAAGUUACCAGUUUGUUAACUGUCAGGAAAUUUUUGGAAAUUUGGUGAGAAAGAAAAAAGAUAGGACACAGGCUUGGAAGUGUUGAGAAAAACAAAAUUAU